UGAAGACAAAGUGCAACUGCCUGGCGCAGUUUAGUGCUAAGUGACCCUUCGUGACUGUGGCAGUGAUUACCAUCCCCUGACUCAAACACUAGCCUGAAAGUACUAAAAUUUUGGAUUUUAAUGAGGAGCUCGUCAGAGACGUGGUGAGUGAUGCUGCCUGAGAGUGUUGUGGUGUCAGCAACGCUGCUGCUGCUGCUGAUGCCUGGCUCUGACUCAGCUGUACUCAGUGACAGACCCAGAGUACACUGCGAGGCAGGUCAUUUACGUCUUGACGGAGGUGUGGGUAAGAAUAUUACACUCAGGACCCAAGGUGCUGGCGCUGUUGUCAUCAAUGGUGUGGAUGUGGCUAGCUCCCUCACCCUGGUGUCAGCAGUACGACCUCAACUGGAAGGCCUUCACAACACCGACUUGGGGUACCUGGUACGAAAUCUGUCAGAAGUGGCCCGCACGGUGGCCUCUCAAACCUGGGUCGCAACCAGCAUAAUCUCCCUCAAUGCCUCCGUCAGCAGUAACACGCACGCCGUGACGACCCUGCGCAGCGACGUGACCACUGUCAGAACCAGCCUGCGGGAGCGCCUAGAUCCUCUGGUGACCAACGUGUCUCGUCUAAGUCAACAAGUGUCCCUCAUCACUCCUGACGGAGGACAGCGGCUGCAGCAACUCAACGACGUCAUCGCCAGACUCCAGCAGAAUACGACUCGGAACCAGGAGGAUCUUCGCCGCCUGAGGGAUCUCACAAUUCCACAAAUCCAGCAGAGGAUCGCUCAACUUCAGGAAGGGAUGGUCAGCCUGCCGGAGCUCCAGAAUAGGAUAGAGGCGCUGGAGAUUCAUUCCAACGCUACCAGCAGUAGCUCAGGGGACAUCAGGAACACCGGCAGAGUCAUGCGGGAAAUUCGCAGACUGACAGUCAGGGUCAACGUGCUGAAGGCUCGGCUGGAGGCGGACGAGUGUGAAAACAACCCAUGCCAACAUGGUGGGACAUGCAUCGACGGCUACCUCCAGUAUAAAUGUCUGUGUCCCAAGGGUUGGCAGGGCGAUAACUGCGCUGAAGACUUUAACGAAUGCUAUGAAUUCUUCGGCACAGAUAUAGGCUGCCAGAACGGUGCUACAUGUCAAAACACCGACGGCGGAUACAGGUGUCUGUGUCAGUCUGGAUUCUACGGUAUCCACUGUCAUCUGAAAAGUGACAACUGUACCUCAUCUACUGGUACUGCAUUGUGUGGCGUUCAUGGAAUCUGUAUUCCUUCUCCAAGAGGUCGAUUCCCGUACUCCUGCAUUUGUGACGAGGGCUGGAAACCAGGAGUGGACACCCCAGCGUGUGUUGACGUGGACGAGUGCACCGCCAGUCACCCUCGCUGCUCCUCAGAUCCUCCUGUCCAGUGUGUCAACUUUCCUGGCGGCUUCGUUUGUGGACAUUGUCCGCAAGGUUACACAGGUAACGGGUUCGUGUGUCGGGACAUAGAUGAGUGUCUUAACGGAAACAACGGAGGAUGCUCUCCCUACAGUGUCUGCUACAACACACUCGGUGGUCGGCGCUGCGGUCCGUGUGCGGCAGGUUACACUGGUGAUGGUGUCACCUGUGUCCCUGCUCCCUCACCCUGCCAGAGAUCACCCUGUCACUACCUAGCUCGCUGCUUCGACGAUCCAAGAAUAUCAUCGACUUAUGUCCAGUGUGUAUGCCCGCCCGGGUACCAAGGGUCAGGCUUCGGCAACCAUGGGUGUGUGCCCACCUCCACGCCCUCGGGUGGCGGGGGUGGCCAGGUGCAACCAACUACCAACUGGUGUGCCAAUCAACCAUGUUUAAACGGAGGCUCUUGUACACAGACUCCAUAUAGCUACACUUGUAUCUGCCAGCCGGGUUACACAGGUCGUAACUGCGAGGUCGAUGUUGACGAAUGUAGCAGCAGUCCGUGUCAGAACGGUGGCACUUGCACCCAGGGUGUCAACUCUUUCACCUGUCAAUGCCGUGCCACACACACAGGUGACAGGUGUCAAACGGAGAAUCAACAGUGUGGUGGCCGUAUAAGGGGAACUGGAGGCCAGGUAACGUAUCCAGAGGUGUGGGGUACACAAUACAAUCACAAUAUCAGCUGUGCCUGGGUCUUCGCAGUCCCGCGAGGCAAAGUUAUCAACGUCACCUUCCACAGCUUCCACUUGGAGGGAGGCUCCUGCAGAUAUGACUGGAUGCAGAUCCAUGAUGGGCCAGGAAGCAACUCCCACAUGAUCGGUCGGUACUGUGGCAGCCGUCUUCCUGGCAACAAUGGCACCAUCAUCAGCACCCACAACCAACUUUACCUGUGGUUCCGUAGUGACCACUCUCAGGCUGGCUACGGCUUCAACUUCACCUGGAACGCUACAGAUCCAGUGUGUGGGGAAGAAAUUCAUGGGCUGGAGUACGGCUCCAUCAACUCCCCAGGGUACCCUGGCCGCUACCCCACCGACCGCGACUGCUACUGGAGCGUGCAAGUGCAGCCUGGCAAGAGAAUCAAGUUCCACUUCGCAACCCUGCAGAUCGAACACCACCCCAACUGUAGUUACGACUUCCUUGAGAUCCGAGACGGCCUCACGGAGGAUGGACAUAGUCUAGGCAAGUACUGUUUCAGCCAGGCACCAGCGCCUGUCACCACUUCAGGAGCUGAAGCUCUCGUUCACUUCCACUCCGACUCCUCACUAAGCGACACCGGCUUCCACAUCUCCUUCAGCGCUGAACCUGGCAUGCCAGGAUGCGGAGGCCUCCUGACCAGCGACAUGGCUCAAUUCUCAGCGCCGACUAUCGAGGACGCCUACCACCACAACCUUCACUGUGAGUGGCUGAUUCGCGUGCCUCCCCAAGAGACGAUUCAGCUCAACUUCAGCGACUUCCACUUGGAGCGUCAUCAUUCCUGCCGCUACGACUAUGUUUCUAUACAUGAUGGAGGCAGCGCAGACAGCCCCCUUAUAAGCAAGACAUGUGGCGUCAACGCCCCGCUGCCCGUCCACUCCUCAGGAAACCAACUCUUCGUGAUCUUUCACUCUGACUACUCCAUCAGCGGGCGGGGCUUCACCGCCACCUACCAAGUAGAGUGUGGAGGUGAGAUAAGUGGCAGUACAGGAGUAAUCAGGUCGCCAUACCACCCACGUCCUUAUCCUCACAACCGGGAGUGUUUGUACAGUAUCAGUUCGCCUCCGAGAACAGCCAUAAUACUCAACUUUACUGAUUUUGACAUUGAAGAAUCAUAUUUCUUGCAACGUUGUGUGUACGACUACGUUGAGAUUCGUGACGGCAGAAGGGCUUCAUCUCCUUUGUUGGGCAAGUACUGCGGCCCAGAGACCCGCAGGCCGGAUCCGAUCCGUUCACAACUGAACCACAUGUGGCUCAAGUUCGUUACUGAUGCCAGCGUCGCCAACCGCGGCUUCGUGGCCAACUUCACCACCAUUGAUAUCAGGUGCGGAGCGGUGCUUCGCGAACUCUCUGGUGUGAUCAACUCUCCUAACAGCCCAGAGACCUACCCGAGCAAUACUGACUGCUUCUGGAUACUGGAUUUGCCUCCAGGCUACGUUAUUCAGCUCACCUGGAGCUCCUUCAGUCUGGAAGGUCACCAUCCCUGUAACUAUGAUUUCGUGGAGAUCUUCGAUAACACUUCCAUACCGAACAUGGGGGGCAGGAUGGGAACGCGUUACUGUGGACAGCAGAGGCCUCCCACGAUGACGUCUUCAGACAAUCUUGUCACCAUCCACUUCCACUCUGAUCACAACUUGAACCUCGAUGGCUUCUCUCUUACUUACCACGGCUUGAACACCUCGAGGACAUGCGGAGGCCACUACCACAGUCAGGUGGGAAUGAUUACCUCUCCAAACUAUCCCUUAAACUACCCUAACCACCGUACGUGUGAGUGGACAAUCAGUGUCCCCAGACGCCAGCAGAUACGACUCACUUUCGAGGAAGUGGAGAUGGAGAUGGCUGACGACUGUUCCUACGAUGCUUUAGAAAUCAGGAACGGUCAGUACUCUACGUCCCCACUGCUGAAGAAGGUGUGCAGUAGGAACCAAACUGUACCCGAGGUGUACAGCCACAGUCAUCAGCUGUACCUCAAGUUCACCAGUGAUUUCAGCCAGACCUACAAGGGCUUCAAGCUCUUCUGGGACGCUGCUACCACGGGAUGUGGCGGACAACUGACUGCUGUGACGGGAGAAAUCAUCUCCCCUGGAUACCCAGAGCCUUACCACCACAACGCUGACUGCUACUGGACCAUCACAGCAGCCCAAGGCUCCGCUAUUCUUCUCCGCUUCAUAGACUUAGAUAUAGAGCAUACACCACACUGUGCUCUUGAUUUUAUUGAGGUACGGGACGGCAGUACCUCGCAGUCCCGCCUGCUGGGGCGGUACUGCAACGCUGACCAUAGUUUUACUACCAUUAAUUCGUCGUCAAACGCACUCUGGAUUCGAUUCCACAGCGACUUCAGUGUUAGCGGCCGAGGCUUUAAGGUGAAUUACGUAGCAGACUGCAACAGAGUGUUGCAAGGCCCCCGGGGCGUCAUCACCACCCCAGGCUACCCAGACUCUUACCCUCACAACCGCAACUGUACUUGGACCAUCCAGGCUCCUCAGGGUAACUCCAUCAACGCCUCCUUCAGCGACUUCGUCUUAGAAGAAUCCAUGGACACCGAGUCUGGUCUUUGUUCAUAUGACUAUGUUGAGGUAUGGGAGGGACAACAAUGGAGUGGAAGCAGAUCACGCCUCGGUCAUUACUGUCAGACCACGCCUCCGAUGAUAGCAACUUCGAAUCUGAUGAACAUUCUGGAGAUCAGAUUCAUCAGCGACCAUUCUGUGGCAAGGAACGGCUUCAGGCUCGAAUGGAUAGUCAACGGUUGUGGCGGUGAAUGGACCAGACCUUCGGGUAACUUUGCGAGUCCAAACUACCCGAACGCGUACCCCAUCAAUACGGACUGUGAGUGGCACAUCAGAACGGCUCCAGGCACCAAGAUCCAAAUAACCAUCCAUGAUUUCGAUCUGGAGUCUUCAGGCAACUGUAUCUUCGAUGUACUGCGGGUGUAUGGAGGGAAGGACAUGACCUCUCCCGUCCUAACUACGCUGUGUCACGAGCAGACAAGACCCACCGUAGUUACAACACAAGGAAACACUGCCCUCUUAAUGUUGAAGAGCGACCAGUCAGUCAGGGGAAAAGGGUUUGACGCUUCCUAUACCACUAUUCCUGGAGGCUGUGGAGGGUUAUUCACUGCACCCCAUGGUAGUAUCCACUCACCCAAUUACCCGCAGCACUAUGACAUCCAUUCUGACUGUGUGUGGACUAUCAGAGUCGACGCUCUUCACGUGGUUGAAAUCAACUUCACGGACUUCGAUGUGGAGCCCAGCGCUAACUGUUCUUAUGAUUACUUAUCGGUGCAUGACGGGGAGGACGAGGAAGCACCUGCACUGCUACAACAUUGCGGGAACAGCCUGCCGAGUCCUUCCUUAGUGAGGGCCUCCUCCAAUGUCCUCACCGUCAGAUUAAAAGCUGAUGGAUCAUCCAACGGUAGAGGCUUCCAGGCAGACUACAACACGGGGUGUGGGGCGAGUGUGGAGGUGGGCAUGGAAGUUGGUCAACUGGUAUCUCCCCAUUACCCUAGUCGAGACACCUCUAGGAUUAACUGUUCUUGGCACCUCCACGCGCCAACAGGUUACAAAGUCCUCCUACAUAUAGUGCAUCUGGACAUGUUCACCCGUUACCCUUCCAACGCUAAUUGUAGCAACGAAUAUGUUGCGGUGCUGGACGGUGGGCUGGUGGACUCGCCGCUGCGAGGCAAAUACUGUGGCAGCCAAGUACCCAGGUCCAUCGUGUCGUCGUCAGAGUAUCUCACUGUCCACUUAGUGAAUGAAUACUCUUCCGUCAGCUUCAGGGCAGUGUAUAGCGUAUUCACCUCGAGGUGUGGAGGCGAGUUGACCUCUGCGAGCGGGGAGCUGGCAAGUCCUCAGUACCCUGAGCCAUAUCCUGCCAACUUCGAGUGCGAGUGGUCCAUCUCCGCCGGGCCAGGCAACCAGAUAGAACUUGACUUUCUGCAAUUCGACCUUGAGGAAUCUGACGGCUGCAACUUGGACUACGUGGAAGUACACGAGAGGAGUCCAGCCGGAGCACUGCUCCUCCAUAACUGCUCUUCCUCGACCUCCCAGCUCCCAGCCACCAUCAUCGCCCACGACUCACUCUGGAUCAAAUUCCAUUCAGAUGAGUUUGGGACAGAGGCCAAAGGCUUCCUGGCCUCUUACAGUCUAAUGCACGGCAGCACCAUCUUUGGCACGAGAGGUGAGGUGGUGUCCCCGUUCUUCCCUAAUAUCUACGGAGGUUCAGAGGACGUUACCUGGACCAUCACCGUACCUAGAGGACAAUACGUCUCCAUCACCUUCCUUGACAUGCGUAUAGAGGGGAGCCCCGUUGCGGACAUAUGCUUAGCUUCUCUAACGUUUUACAACGGACCCUCUCCAGAAGACAAUCGGAAACUAGGUACGUUCUGUGGUUACCAGCUGCCAACCGAACCCUUGGUAUCGAGCGAGCAGACGGUCACGGCAAGACUCCACGCCGUCCACCAACACGAAGGUUCAAGGUUUCGGUUCCGCUACGAGGCCGUCGAUACCAGAGGAACCCCGGGCCAGACCCAUCUAGACGAAAGCAACACCUGCAGCUUCAGGGUGACGCUGAAUGACAGCUACAGCCACUUCGACCCUGGUAGUUAUGGCUUCCAAGAGUACUUCGUCCUGCAUAACCCAGGUCACCCAGGCUAUGCUAACAACCUCAACUGCGAGUGGAUCAUCCAAGCGUCGCCCCAUCAGAGAGUUUACAUGUCUCUGACCUUCGAGCUAGAAGAGUCCUCCUCCUGUAUUUACGACCGUCUUGAGGUGUAUGACGGUGUGGAGGGUCAGAUGAACUGGAACCUGACCCAUACCUUGUGUCGUCGCAGCCAGAUGCCUGUGACAGUCAAAUCCUCCGGCAUGUUCCUCAGACUUCGCUUCGUCACUGAUUCCACCGUCACUUCCGAUGGAUUCACAGCCAAGUUAGCUUCAACGUGCGGUGGAUACUUGAGAGGAGCUGAAGGCUUCAUCACCACCCCGAACUACCCGGAGAACUACCGUUUCAACCAGGAGUGCCUGUGGAUCAUCAAGGUUGGGAUAGGCAGGACUAUCCGCCUGGAAUUCGAUGACUUUAAGGUCGUUAACACGACUCCAUCAUGCAGCGGAGACUAUUUGACAAUCCAAAACGGAGCACAUCCAACCUCUCCGUAUCUGGGGCCAGGGAUGUUUUGUGGUCAAAACAUCCCACAGAACCUGGAGAGUUCGUCAAAUGUUGUCAGGCUUUUCUUCAGCUCAGACUUUAUUAACGCCGAUAAGGGUUUCAAGUUGCGUUAUUACGAGCAGGCGAGUGCUUGUGGAGGCAGUCACCACCUAACUACUGACAUGCCCACGGUUACCAUCCAGUCACCCAACUUCCCCAACCCUCCAAGCCACAACACAGAGUGCUCUUGGACCAUCCUGGCUCCUCAAGACAAGGCCAUCUCACUACACUUUGUGGGUGCCUUCGACAUUACCCCUGAUUUUCCAAUCUUUAGCGAUGACAGUGCCACCAGCAACUGUAGCCAAGCCUUCGUGGAAGUGAGGGAUGGAGGAACAAUCUUAUCUCCCCAGCUGGGCAAAUUCUGUGGCACGCACACCCCCAACACGCAGCACUCCACUGGGAACGCCAUCUACGUCCGCUAUUACAACAACAUUCAGUCCCCACACUUGGGUUUCAAAGCAGAGGCGACGAUAGACAGGUGUGGAGGGACGUACAACGCAUGGGAGGAUGGCAUAAUCACAUCGCCAGGCUUCCCCACUCCUUACAGUGCCGACAUCAACUGCACCUGGAAGGUCAAGGCGCCUAUGGGUCACUACGUGACGCUGCAGUUCCUGGAGGUCGACAUUUGUAGUGCUUCUGUGAACUGCACCAAUCUACGCGGACGCCUCCAGAUACGUGACCAGAAUGCCACGGGUGAGGUGCUAGGUACGUUGUGCAGCUCUAGGGAGGAGGUGGGACCUAUCAACACUUACUCCAACAUCGCGUACAUUACCUUCACGGGAGGUCCCAACCUGGCCAGGUGCAAGGGCUUCAGGCUCAUGUUCAACAAGAGCUUGGAAGAAUGUGGAGGCGAUCUGGUAAGCCACGAAGGAGAAAUCACAUCUCCAGGCUACCCCCUCGGCUACUCCAGCAGGAUUUGUAACUGGGUCAUAACUGUUCCUCCAGGGAAAAGAGUUCGGCUGCAAAUUAUUGACAUCGAUCUCUACGGCGGCGAGAUCCACGAGGGUAGAAUCAUCUGUAGAGAUAAUAUCAUGUUGAAGAAUGGACCAUUGAGGCAAAGUCCCAUCCUCAACAUGCCGUUAUGCAAGAACUCACAGGUAACGAAUCAUUAUGGCUUCAACUCAAGUAUGAACACAAUGACAGUAAUCUUCAGUUCCUUGAGUUCCUCCCAUACCCAGGGAAAAGGGUUCAAGUUGCGCUGGUCCUCAGAUGACCCCCAGGAGUGUGGCGGAGAGCUGGCGUCUUCCGGCGGGGUGUUGGUGUCUCCUGGUUUCUUCCAAGGCAACUACAACAACAGACUCUUCUGUGUGUGGACGCUGAACAAUCCCAGUCCCAGCAACUCCUCCUUCAUCGUUACGUUCACUUACCUGCACCUUGAGAAUCAUUGCUAUGAUUACGUCCAGGUAGAAGGAGUGACAGCAUCUGGGGAGGUGAUGUCUGCCAUCAAAGUAUGCAACGACUUCCGUCUCUCCUCCAUCGUUGUGGCUCAACCAACGCUCAGGAUCACCUUCAUCACGGAUACCAUCGUCAACGCCUCUGGCUGGAACCUGACGUACGGACUGAGUCCCUGUGGCGGGGUUGUACACGGACCGCAAAAUGUUAUUACCUCACCAAACUACCCAUCACACUAUCCAAACAAUGUGCACUGUAUGUGGUUCCUAAACUACCCCGAGGGAGAGCAAAUCGAGUUCCAGUUCACAAACUUCAAGCUGGAGCCUUCAGCACACCAUGAUUAUGUGAAGCUGUACAAUGGGCCACGACUCCUUUCACCCACAUUAGGCUCCUACAGUGGAAGGAAGGAACCUUUCUCUGUGGGGACCUCCAUGACUAAUAAUCUCUUGGUAGAGUUCCACACGGAUGCUUCCAACACCGACCAGGGCUUCAGGGCCGUGGCUGCCAGGCAUGUCAGAGGAUGCGGGGGAGUGUUUCACGGGAUGAGUGGGAACUUCUCCAGCCACGGCUUCCCCGGCAGCUACGAGGCCAAUACAGAGUGCGAGUGGGAGGUGGACCCAACCACCGGGUACCACGCAGUCCUCCACUUCACCGACCGCUUCGAUGUAGAGAGUAGUACCGGCUGUCAGAAUGACUACGUCCAGAUAUUGUACUCGAAGACGACUCGCCAAAGCCACGGUCCCUUGGAGUGGCAGGAAGGGGAGAAACUGUGUGGUAAACAGAUUCCUCCACCAGUCAGGUCCUCUAUAGGCAACAUUAAGGUCCUGUUCCACUCCAACGAAGCAGUUCAGGGUGAUGGUUUCAAGGUGUCGUGGCAACUGGUGUGUGGCAACAACUUCACAGAUAAUGCCGGCUACAUCGUGUCUCCACAGCAUCCCCAAAAUUACCCCAACAACGCCAACUGUCUCUACAGGAUUCUAGCGCCCCCAGGCCAGUUUGUCACCAUUAACUUCCUGAACUUUCACGUUGAAUAUGGAUCAAACUGCCGGUACGAUUCUGUGACGGUGAUACAGGAGUCAAGUAGCGGCUUAGUUAGACGCAGAUGGGGACCGUACUGUGACAGGAACACCCCUCCUGAUGUUAUCAUAAGCAGGGGACCCACCACCCUGCACUUCGUCUCAGACGUUUACGUGACCUUAUCUGGUUUCACGGCAAACUUCAGCGUUGAAGCCUGUGGGGGUAAUCUGAGUUCCCCUGGAAUCAUCAGGUUACCAACGAGACCCAUAUAUGAGAACCACAUGUCGUGCACCUGGGACAUCACUGCACCGCAGGGCAAGGUGAUACAUCUCAAGUUCCAAAUACUGGAGCUGGAGGGGCACUCACGGUGCACAUAUGACAGUGUCAGUAUCUUCGACGGACACACGUCGCAAGAGGACAAGCUAGUGACCCGCCUGUGUGGGAACCACACCUCAGCGCUGCCCACCGUCGUCACCCACCAGAGGCUGGCAAGGGUUAUCUUCCAAAGUGACGUUAGCAUCACAGGUCUGGGCGUCGUGGCUGCUCUUGAUUUCACAUAUGCUUGUGGAGGAAAUGUAAACAUCUCAUACAGUGGAGCCUACCAGACCAUAAGAUCUCUUGAUGCUGAUAACGAUGGUAAUUACGAGCCUCUGUUGGACUGUGGUUGGCUGGUCGAGGGUCUAACAGACAACGUUGUGACUCUCAACUUCACCAGACUGGACGUGGAACCUCCAGGAGCCAAUGACACUUCACCCUGCCCUUACGACGGAGUAAUGCUGUACGAUGGGCCGUCUACAGCCUCUGCCUUGAUCUCCGUGCACUGCAACCCCACGUCGCUGCCUCUGGUCGUGUCUUCCUCCUCUAACGUCAUGUUCAUCCGCUUCUACUCUGACAGUACCAAUCAGAGACCUGGCUUCACAGCCAAGCUCACCAACACACCACAUCCUUGUGGGGCAGCCAGCCUCGAGGCCACGAACGUGACCCAGGUGCUAGAAUCUCCUGGGUAUCCUACAGCAUAUCCAAUCAGUACCCGCUGCCAGUGGGUCAUCACGGCCCCGGAGCAGGACCUGGACAUCCACCUUGACAUCAGCGACUUCAACCUGGAGGCUUCCCCGCUGUGCUCCAAAGACCAGCUCUUCAUCAGCGAGUAUGAGCAGGUGAGCAAGGAAGCUGCAAACCAUGUUGAUAAAUUGACACCAUAUUGCCGUACCUGCAUCUGUCUUCUUUCAGGAGGUGGCUGUGGUGGAAAGAUAUAUACGCGACGCCAGGGUAUGGUGACGAGCCCUGGGUACCCAGGUCCCACAGCUGGCGGCCUAGACUGUAUUUACACACUGGCUGUGACACCAUCCCAACACCUCUCGUUAAGAUUCUCAAUUCUAGACUUCAGGAGCUCUGGUGGAUGUAACAGCACCUACCUGGAGAUGUACGACGUCAGUGCGGCAGGAGAAGCUUCCUUGCUUAAUACCCUCUGUGGCCAAGAGCAAGUUGCAAGACACUUAUCACCAAGUAACAAGAUGGCCCUCCGUUACGUUACUGGCACUGGUAAUAUAACAGGACAGGGGUGGAAAGUCUCAUUCCAACCUGCUAUUCCUCUUUAAU